GAUUAUUUCAGCUCAGAGUUGAGACCCAAUCUGUGUUGAAUUUUGCUUAAUUGCCUUUACCCUUUUCCCGUUUUGUCGUGUAGCAGCCAUCACCGGAGCUAACAGCUAAUAUUAGCUAUCUCCUUCAUCUAAAGCCGUACAAAACGUUUCAUGAAAAUGAACAUCUAUGUUCGUACUUCAUAGACAUAAUACUGUCCCACCGGCCACAAGACCAAAAAAGCUUAACAAGUCUUGAAAUCCAAACCCAUUAAAGAGAAUAAAGAAUAAAAUGCUCUCAAAGUUGUCUUUUGCCCACUUGAAGUCUUCUCAACCUCCGCCUGGCUCUGAGCUAUGGAGGUUUACAUGUUAUGGCAGGGAUUCUCCUGACUAUAACAAGUCUCGCUUCAUGCUUGUGGGGCAGUCUUUGGGGGACAGAUGGAAGCUCAACGGCAUCAAAGCCAAUAUGGUGCAAGAUAAGUUGAAUGUAUGGCUCCUAAAGACCCAAAAGUUUUUGAACGAAGUGACAUCUCCACUGGUAAGACCUAGUAAGAGUAAAAAGCCGGUUCCUGAAAAUGAUAUUGGUGAUUCAAUCAUGGAGGACAUAUUUGUGGCAGAGCAAACCAUUAAUAGCAGAAUGCCGCAAGGGACUCUCUCUUUAGCUGCCAUUGUAUCUAUCGAGCAAUUUAGCAGGCUAAAUGGAUUGACUGCUCAGAAAAUGCAGAAAAUCUUUAAAGCACUCGUCCCAGAAUCUGUAUAUAAUGAUGCACGCAAUCUGGUUGAGUACUGCUGCUUUAGGUUCUUAUCAAGGGAUAGUUCUAAUGUUCAUCCUUCACUUAAGGAGCUUGCAUUCCAGAGACUUGUAUUCAUAACAAUGCUUGCGUGGGAGAAUCCUUACUCUGAAGAGCCUGCCAAAGCUUCAGCAAGAGCUUCUUUUCAGGGCAUGCUUGUUAGAGAGGAGGCUUUUGUCCGUAUGGCUCCUGCUAUUUUUGGUGUGGCUGAUCGGUCAACGGCACAUAGUCUAUUUAAGACUCUUGCUGGUAAUGAAAAGGGUAUCUCUUUGGGCUUGUGGCUGACUUAUAUCAAGGAACUUCUCAGGGUGCAUGAGAGGCGGAAAUCGUACCAAAUUCGAGAAUUUUCCCACCUUUCUGAUGAGAGAAUCUUAUGCAUCGGUUCCAGCCAAAAGCAGCCCGUUCUAAAAUGGGAGAACAAUAUGGCAUGGCCGGGGAAACUUACUCUGACUGAUAAAGCAAUCUAUUUUGAGGCAGUUGGUAUAUUAGGGCAGAAAGAUGUCAUAAGACUGGAUAUUACGAGACAUGGGACAAAAGUGGAAAAGGCAAAAGUUGGGCCGUUAGGUUCUGUGCGCUUUGACUCUGCUGUCUCUAUUUCAUCUGGUCUCGAGUCAAAACCGUGGGUGCUGGAAUUUGUUGACCUGGGAGGUGAAAUGAGGCGAGAUGUAUGGCACGCAUCCAUCAGUGAAAUUAUUGCUUUGCACCAGUUCAUCCGUGAUUACGGACCAGUGGAUGGUGAUGAAUCGGUACUUAAUGUCUACGGUGCUCUAAAAGGAAAAGACAGAGCGACCACGAGUGCCAUCAAUAGUAUAGCCAGACUCCAGGCCCUUCAAUUCAUGCGGAAGCUAGUCGAUGAUCCCAUAAAACUUGUUCAGUUUUCGUACUUAAAUUUUGCACCUUAUGGUGAUGUGGUCUGCCAAACUCUAGCUGCAAAUUACUGGGGUGGACCCCUUGUUAGAAAGUUUGUAGAUAGUCAACCAGUUCAAACAAGACCUUCCAAUGAAGUAGGUGAAAUUAAUAAUCAUGUGUUUGAUAUAGACGGAAGCAUUUACUUGCGGAAGUGGAUGAGGUCCCCGUCUUGGUCUUCUAGUGCUUCCAUUGCUUUUUGGAAGAACUCUUCGUCAAGAGAAGGACUGGUGUUAAGUAAAAACCUUGUUGUUGCUGAUUCAAGUCUUGUAGAAAGGGCAGCAGAAAUUUGCAGACGGAAACAUGAGGCGAUUGAAAAAACUCAAGCAACAAUUGAUGCGGCAACACUUAAAGGGAUACCUAGUAAUAUUGAUCUUUUCAAGGAACUUAUGCUUCCUCUGACUAUAACUGCCAAGAAUUUCGAAAAGCUCAGGCACUGGGAGGAGCCACACUUGACUGUUUCUUUCCUUGCUUUUACUUAUGCAAUUAUUUUCAGAAAUUUGCUGUCAUAUGUGUUCCCUACAUUGUUAAUAAUUUUAGCGGCUAGUAUGCUAUCAUUAAAAGGGCUAAAGGAGCAAGGCCGUCUUGGACGAUCCUUUGGGAAAGUGACUAUCCAUGAUCAGCCACCUUCAAAUACAAUUCAGAAAAUUAUAGCUGUGAAAGAUGCCAUGCAUGAUGUUGAAAGUUUUCUACAAAAUCUUAAUGUCACGCUUUUGAAAAUACGAACGAUUAUCCUUUCUGGUCAACCUCAGGUAACCACUGAGGUUGCCCUGGCCUUGUUAUCUGGCGCCACCAUUCUCCUCACGGUCUCUUUCAAGUACGUCCUCGCGUUUUUUGUCUUCGAUCUCUUCACACGGGAACUUGCAUUCCGGAAGGAAAUGGUGAGAAGGUUCAUGACUCUCGUGAAGCAGCGCUGGGACAUGGUGCCUGCAGCACCUGUAGUUGUAUUACCAUUUGAAGGCGGCGAGUCGAGAUCAGAACCUCAAAGAAAGGGAACCAAGGACCAAGCUAAGUUAGAAAGAAGUCAUAGCAGCAACAACAAUGUAUAGCCGGGCAGUUUCCUGGUAAAUAGUUCUACUACAAUCUCAUUGCUUGGAAAAAUAGAAAGAAAAAAGAAAUGACCGAUCCAUUGUCUAUUGUAGAGUGAGAACAUUCAAUGCCAUAGUCGCAUAUAAUUUUCUAUAUCAUUGUAGGUAGAAAUGUCUUUGGAGAAUUCUAUAGUAGGAGAAUUCUCCACAAUAGUUAUGGAUCGGACUUUAUUGUUUUUUUUUUUUUUUUUUUUUGAAUACUUUGCUCCUAGAAAGAUACACACAGAAGAUAAGGUGAAUAAAAUUACCACUUUCUUCUUACCAAAAAGAAAAAAGGA